GUGUUGCUGGUCUAAAUUCGAUUCAAAAGAAUUUUGAAGAAGCUUCUAAUGCUUAUACGAAGGCUCUCCAGUCAAUUGAGGACAACAAAACAAAUAUAAAAACUGAUAAGUUGCAACAAAUUCAUAUUCUAUAUAAUUAUUCAAAAUUAAUUAAACAAGGCCCUAUUUGUCUUGAUGAAGACUCAAAUGAUGGCACCUUCCAUGAAGCCAUAAAUGUCUAUGAAGUGAAAUGUGAUGAACUUGUAAAUUCAUAUUUGGAAAAAUAUAGAUUUAGUGCCCAAAAAGCUUUUCAACAUUUUACUGACUAUGUAAAAAAAGUAAAUAAGAUAGAAUCACAAUGCAAAUUUGAUUGGUGGUGGAAUUUGGUUAAAACGUUAAAAGGAGAAGAGGAACAAUCAACUUUUAUCAGAAAUUUGAAAAUCUUUUUAAGUGAUGUUAUAGGAAAUUCUGUGCACAACUCUAUUGUUUACAGGUUUUCAAACCCUCUUGGUCUGCAAUACUGCAUUGUAACAGCAUUGGAUUACCUUUUAGAUGUUCAUAAAGAGUUAAUUACUUCUUUAAAAAAGGUUUGCACUCCUCCUGUUUCAGAAGAUUUUGCACCAUGCAGAGAUUGCCAUUUAAGACCAGAAAAGAAUGUUGAAAGGAGAAAAAUUUGUCAGUUGUGUCAAGUAGACAGAAAAUUCAAGGAAUAUGAGAGUAAGCUUUUCCGCUUUGAGGAAUAUUGUAGUGAAGAUGAGGAACAAGAUGAUAAAGGUGUUUGCUUUCAAAGGAUUAGAAAAGGAACUCAUGCUAAUAGUGAUCUGGAAUUAACAUUUAAAUUUAUUAUUGCUUAUUUUAAAAACAAUUCUGUAAACUGCAGACACAUUGAAGAUGGUUGCAAAGUUUAUGAGCUUUUCCUUACAUUACGAAAGGAAUUCAAGGCAGCUCGAAAUAGUUGGCUUUUGCAGAAUGACUACAUUAAUGCUUUGGAUGAAGUAGACAUGGCCAAAACAUCAAUGCAACUUUGCAGCGAUGAAACAGAUUUAUCAUCAAAAAAUUCAGAUCCGAAUAAGUUGUAUCUUGUAACAACUAGUCAAAUGCCUUCAAUGCUUUUGCAAUUCAAGAGUGAUGCCAUUACUUAUGAAAAAAGCUUUAAACAUAAGCUAGGAAGGUUAUUUUAUUUAAAUAACUUGAAAAAAGCUGAUGAUAUGGAAAACAAACCUUUUGAUGAAACUUGUCCUGUGUGCAAUGAAGCUCUUAAAAAUGCUUGGUCUGUUUUGCAAUGUGGGCAUAGUUUUUGUUGUCAUUGUAUAAGUAUAAUUAUGAGUCAAGUUUUGACAGAAGACAGUGAUUUGCACUGUGCAGUUUGCCGAGAAGUUACCCAUGUAAAAGAGGUUUACUAUGUGGAUCCUGAAAAAAUGAAAAGGAUAAAAGAAUCUAUUGAAGUUAAGGGUCGCUAUUCUACCAAGAUUACUGCAGUUACAAAGUGUAUUCUUGAAAUAAAGAAGAAUGAUCCAUUUGCCAAAUCAAUUGUGUUCUCUGGAAGCGUUGACCUUUUGUAUACCAUACAAGAUGCUUUUACUGCGAAUCAUAUUAAUUAUUGUUGUGUAGCAGAUAAAAGUGAACUUAAGAAAAAUUUAGCAGAGUACAAGUUGUCUGAAGACCUAAAUGUGUUGGUAAUGCCACUUCAACUGGGAGCAAAUGGAUUGAAUAUAACUGAAGCAAGUCAUGUACUCUUUAUUGAGCCACCUAUGAUAAAGUCCGUUAAAUUACAAGGAAUUGGACGUCUGCAUAGAUUUGGACAAGACAAAAAAAUUACUGUUCAUGAGUUUUUUAUUGAAGGCACCAUCCAAGAAAAAAUUUAUCAUAUGAAUCGUGACGCAAUUUUAGAAGAUCAAGGAGAGUGUUCUGCCAAGUCUAAUUUAACAGUUAAUGAUCUUCUCACUAUUUUGGGGUAACAUCACUUACAUUCAAAGUUGCUAUCAUUAUUCAUUUCAGUUUUGUCUGUUUAUCAUUUCGUUGAUAAAAUUUUUGUGAUAAAAAACUUUCAUUGUUCAUUUCUAUUCCAUAUACCAGUGAUUUUUGUUUUUACUUGUUAAAAUGCAUAUUAGUUGUUGUGUAGAAUGCAAACUUCAUAAAAACAUCUUUUUACUUGUUUUUAAAUAUUUCUUAAAGCAUUUAAACCACUUUUUUGACAAACUUUUAUGUGUAAAAUAAAUAAAAAGGAAAACAUUUGUAUUACAAAUAUUUUAAGCAACAUAUUUUAAAAAAUUUUCAAAGAAAAGUGAA